AUUUUCUGCCAUUUCACUCAAACCAAACCCAAAGGCCAUGACACAAAUAAAAGGGAACAGAUCAGAAUAAAAAUUAAAUCGAAAACAGUUUCUUGUAAACUAAGGCAUUCCCAUCAUUUCUUCGACACCAAUCAAAGCCCUAUCGCUUGCUUUUCCCCUCCACCAAAUCCCCAGAAGCCUCCAUAUCAAGGACCAGACCAAAAACCAGACCCAUCUCUGAGCUUUCGGACUCAUGGGUCGCGAAGCAGAGCAACCAAAAGCAAUAGUACUCGCAGCCACAGCCCCAGUCACGCCGCCGCCAGCGCCAACGGCUUUGGCUCCAGGCUUCAGGUUCCACCCAACAGACGAAGAACUCGUCAUUUACUACCUCAAGCGCAAGGUGUGUCGAAAACCCUUCAAAUUCAACGCGAUCUCCGAGGUCGACAUCUACAAGAGCGAGCCUUGGGACCUCGCAGAUAAGUCGAGCUUGAAGAGCAGGGACCAGGAGUACUACUUUUUCAGUGCAUUAGACAGGAAGUAUGGAAAUGGGGCAAGGAUGAACAGGGCUACAAACCUAGGGUACUGGAAGGCCACAGGAAAUGACAGGGCAGUCAAGCACAACGACAUCACUGUGGGGAUGAAGAAAACCUUGGUUUUUCAUAGUGGCCGAGCUCCUGAUGGCAAAAGGACCAAUUGGGUUAUGCAUGAAUAUAGGCUUGUUGAUGAAGUAUUUGAAAAAGCUGGGCUUGGUUCCAUUCAGGAUGCAUUUGUGCUGUGUAGAGUAUUUCAUAAAAGCAACAUAGGACCACCAAACGGGCACAGAUAUGCUCCUUUUGUUGAGGAGGAAUGGGAUGAUGAUGACAAGUUAACUUUGGUUCCUGGACAAGAGUCCCGGAAUGAAGCUGUAGCUGGUCGGGAUGCAUUUAUUAUAGGAAAUGGUCAUGCUGCUUGUAAUGACCAAAAUGCUCAUGCUGCACGUAGUGAACAAAAUGCUCAUGCUGCACGUAGUGAACAAAGUGGUCAUGCUGCACGUAGGGAACAAAAUGGUCAUGCUGCAUGCAUUGAAGGAAAUGAUCAUGCUGCAUGUAAUGGAGAAAAUGGUCACGGCACUUCCGUCCAAGGAAAUGGUCAUGGCACAUCCGUCCAAGGAAAUGGUCGUGGCACUUCCGUCCAAGAAAAUGGUCAUGGAACUUCCGUCCAAGGUAAUGGUCAUGGAACUUCCAUCAAAGGAAAUGGUCAUGCAACUUCAUUCGAAGGAAAUGAUCACGGAGCUUCUGUCAAAGGAAAUGGCCACGGCACUUCUGUCAAAGAAAAUGGCCACGGCACUUCUGUCAAAGAAAAUGGCCACUUCUGUCAAAGAGAAAAUGGCCACGGCACUUCUGUCAAAGGAAAUGGUCAUCUUACUUCUGUUGAAGGAAAUGGCCAUGGCAUUAUAAUUGGAGAUGAUCAUGGAACUACUAAUGAGGGUAACUGUCUGGAAAUGGUGGAAUAUGGUCCUGAUAUGCACAAUGCAGGAAAUAAUUUUGAGCAGGAUACUCAGCCCAUCAGCAAUGCUCUUGUGACUGAUGGUGAACUUCCAACAGAGAAUGAAAAUGAUUUACCGCUUUGCAAGACAGAGAGAAUGGAUGAUUAUCCCAUGACAUGUGUGGUUAAUCGGGAAGAGAGAUUGGAUGAUUAUCCAUCACCAGGUCCUGAUGAUGCACAACCCCUGCUAUCUUUGUUCAAUCGACAUCCUGGGCAACUACGCCAGUAUAAAAGAAGGCGGCAUAAUGAUUCAAAUUCUAACCAUUCAAAUGCUUCUGACAUUUCAAGUGGGAUGACGCAUGACCCUUGCUCGUCCACAACAACAACAGCGUCAACUGAGGCAUCGAUGACCACGACAACAAGAAAUUUUCUGUCUGCACUGGUGGAGUAUCAGCUGUUAGAAUCCCUUGAACCCAAAGAUACUACUCCACCACCACCGCCUGAAUUCAGUGCUGCUUUGCUUCAUUCAUCUGUGCCUCCUAGCUGCUUGAAAUAUGUAGAGACUCUGCAAAAUGAAAUCCACAAGAUCUCUAUUGAGAGGGAGACAUUGAAAUUUGAAAUGAUGAGUGCCCAAGCCAUGAUUAACAUUCUUCAAGCACGAAUCGAUCUUCUAAACAAGGAGAAUGAGGAUUUGAAGAGGAACAAUGUCUGAGUCGCCUAGUGGUUCGUAGUCGUAUGUACUCGUAGUGUUCUUUGUAUGAGUUAACGGCGCCCGUAUGGGCCGUGUUGAACUAUCUACAGUGAGUAUGUUUUCCUUAAUAGAGUCGGUAACUGUCUGUUGUUAAUUGAACGAUGUUGUAAACUGUAGCAAGCUUGUUGUACCAGUAGCAAGCUGAACUAUGUUGUAUCUUUAUGGGCUUGGAUUAGCCUGUCAUCGAAAUCGGCAGUUUAGACCUGAAUUAUGUUAAAUAUCAA